GCUCGACCUCGACCUCGACCUUUCAUGCAUCAGUUUUCAGAAAGCGUAAAUGAAAGCUUGCCCUUUCCUCUGCCCUCGUUGCUCACCAGUUCUGCACGGGUGUUCGUCCCAAUCUCAUGGAUGGGCGCGAGAUCAGAGGAACGCGUACCCUUUCGGGCCGCUAGUCAAAACUUGCCGACUUCUUGCCGUCUGUGCAGUUGAUCAACGCUAUUUCUGACAAAGUUAGCGCUCCCGAAGGCUAAGUCCAAGCCACUGCCAAGAUGACGUGGGCUUCAAUUCCCAUCGGCAUCGUUCAAACGGGAUCUAACAUUGAGAGUACUUAUACGAAGUGCAAUAUGUAUUUUCAAUCAACGUAACGAUGAGUCCUUGCAAGAACACGUCUUCCCCUCGGGCAUCCCAACUCGAGCUUCCACAUUCCCCUUCUAAUGUUGCUAAGACCGACUCAAAUUGUGGUAGUGGAUUAAAGACAGCCAAAGCUCUUUGGACUUCAAGCUUCCCUCCAAAGAGCCAAUUCUCUACCGAUCAGAUCCCUGACCUCACAGGACGCGUCGUAAUUGUAACUGGUGGUAACGCCGGCGUCGGUAAAGAAACAGUGAAGGCGUUAUUGGAACACGAUGCGAAAGUGUACAUGGGAUGCCGUAGCAAGAGCAAGGCCGAAGUAGCCAUGAAGGAACUGAAAGAAGCCACGGGAAAGGAUGCGAUCUUCUUGGAACUAGACCUUAGUAGUCUCGAAUCUGUUAAAUGCGCUGCACAAGAGUUCCUCAGCAAGGAAAACGAGUUGCAUAUUUUGUUUCUCAACGCUGGAGUCAUGUUUCCUCCAAUCGAACAGCUUACCCAAGACGGGUACGAUUUGCAGUUUGGUAUCAAUGUCGUUGGCCACCACUUACUGACCAAACUUCUUCUCCCCGCCUUAUGGGCGGGAAAGGAGAGCUCUCCUGAUGGUCAUGCUCGCAUCAUGACUACGUCCUCCGAUGGGGCAUAUUACUUCACCAUCAAUUGGGACUCGUUCAAAGACGGGCCUGUUCGCAAGAAACUUGGAACGCAAAAGAUGUACUUCCAAAGCAAAUUCGCCAAUGUGGUUGUCGCUCGCGAACUGGCGAGGCGAUAUGGUCCGCAAGGGAUCAUAUCUAACGCUUGUCAUCCUGGUCAUCUCAAGACGGAUCUUCAACGACACGUUCCCGCUUGGCAGACGAAGAUUAUUGAGAAAGCGAUGCUAUAUCCCGCCUCUAAUGGCGCCCUCACUCAACUUUGGGGUGGCACUAUGCCGGAGACCCUUCAAUACAAUGGAGAGGUAUGGCAACCAUCACAUACAUAUUCCGCCAUAAUGAUGUUGACUUAUCAAACGUAGUUUUUUAUUCCCUGGGCUAGGGUUGGGAGAUGCAGAGAUGAAGCGUAUGAUUCUGAGAUUGGUGAGAGGCUCUGGAAUUAUUUGGAGGAGGAGACAAAGGCUUUCCAGACGACAACGGCUGCGUAGUAGAUGAUGUUAUUCGGAUGACAGACGUUUGCCUUGUCUUGAACAAUCUCAUGUUGUAUUGUAUUGAGGUUUUCGUUUGACUCGUAUGAAGUCAACGAAUAUUUGAUAUUUCAUUCCAGGUUGAACGUUGAACUUGCAAAC